AUGUCGCUAUCAGAACGAAGAACAAAGGAUAGAAAUCUGUUGAUCGUUCUCGCUCUCUGCAACCGACGCGUUGACACUGACAGUGAAUUCUUAAUUGUGGUUUUGUGCUCUCAUUCCCAUAACCACUGGGAUGCUUAUUGUGGUUUUGCGUUACUUCAGUAG